CCAUCUCACGACGGUCACGUCGGGAUGAAUGUCUACACGUGCUUGUUGAUCUGUCAAACCUUAUCUGUCAAACCACAUGGAGCUAUGGUCAAACUUCAACAAAAUCAUCAGAUCAGUAGUCAUGGCUCGAGUUGAGAUUUUGUCGAUAAUCUUUUGAACAACCCAAGGUUCCAGGCAUUCGGCAACGGCAUGCAGCAUCGCCCGACUCUUGAAUGUUUGUAGUAGGGGUUGCGAUAACGUAACCCUCCUGCCGACGGCGUAGCCGUUAUCGCAACUAGAAUGUUUGUAAAACUGAAAAUCGACGGAUACGCCGCGCCUGAUGACCACACUGCAUGCACUGCUGACUGAACUGCUGAAGAUUUAUUCUUACAUCCUUUUUUGGUCUGGAAAGGAGCAUUCUUGCGCCCAUUGAAGGAACUGUGACAUCAUCCAUGGCCAAAUAGCUAUCUUCUGCCUUUUGGAUCUGACAAUGGAGACAGUAAUCUUCAAGACGAUUGCUCAGUUGAUGCCUUGAAGAAUUUGGUUUCUCCUACCUUUAUACCACCCUAUAGAUUCCCUGCUUGUGGUCGCCUCCAACGAAACAUCUAUUUCACUGAUAAUGGGCUAAUUGUUAUGUACAAUGGUGAAAAGGAGAAAUAUGCAUACCCACGACCCACUAGUGGAACUACUUUUGGUGCAAGCCUCAACGACAGAGUUUUUGUUGCGCCAUUUUACAGUGAUGUGAACUUUUCAUGUGACAGUACUGUGUAUUACCAGGUUUAUCAAAGAUUUGGAGCAGAUCUAAACCAGUUGGCAGUUUUGAAUAGAACAGAUGAAAUAAUAAAUGAUCUACAAGUCUCAAACUUUCGUGCGGAAUGGAUGCUGGUCAUAACUUGGUAUAAGGUGUUUUCAAGCUCUUCAUCUAAUAACUUGACCAAUACGUUUCAAGCAACUGUUGCAACUAAUGGUCGCCAGGGAUACACUAUAUUCCAAUAUGAAGUUGGGCACAUGCUUUGGGACUUUAAUGUGCUUCCAUUUCAAGAUGUUGUGAUUGGAUACAAAUGCCCUAAUGGAGAAAGCACGUACAUCAAUGAUCCUGAUCCACAAGACUCAAUUGACAUCCAUAAGAGACCAGACAUGUAUCUUGGUAACACUAACCAGUUAGGUAUCUGGGCAUACAGAUUGGAUUCCAACUCAGAUACCUAUGUCAAUCCUGAACAAGAAUGUAACCAAUGGCAAGCUGUUCAGCCAGACCCAUCAACUUGGAUGCCUACUGAUGACUGUCCAUGUAGUCACAAUCAAGCUAUGCUUGAUAGUAGAUACGAGUUGUUAAAUUUGACUGAUCUGGGUAUUGAUGAAGCUGUUUCCUUUAGUUGGCCCUUAUUACCAAAAGAUUGCUAUUAUCGUACAUUCUUGGCAAGUGAUUCGCCAGGAUUACUAUGUUGCUAUGACAAUUUGGAAGCAUUAAUGCAGUUUCCAAAUGACGUUUUCUUUGGGGCUGUUUCUGAGCGCUUUUCAUUCAACCCAUUCUUUACCUCUGGCAGUGGUACUUUACAGGACAGAUAUAACACUUGGAUUGAAAAAGAGGUUUCGCCAAGGUACUACUGCUGCGUUGCAUCUUAUAGUCAACAGUUUUGUGAAAGGUAUGAAAUUAAACGACCGAAGAAGUCUUGUAGCACAUACAUGCCACCAACUCUAGCAUGGUGUGUAGGUGACCCGGCAAGAAGUUUCAUGUAUGCUGACCUUGGGAUUGCAGCCCGGAGCACCAUCUGGAAUAACAUUGAGGCCACCCUCACAUCAGCCCUAGACAGCCUCACAACCUAUUACACAGUCAACCAACUCGAGGCAAAUCCUACCGAGACCCAGGUUGAAGGUCUAGGUAAAGGUGGUGAGUUCAAGUCAACAGAUCAAUGUCAAGGUUCAGCGCUCGGGUACAAGAACACAGUUUGGUGA